AUGCCUUCCCGGCCAGCCAUGCUGCUGAGUGGCCUCCUCCUCAUAGUGGCCACCACGACGGUGGCCCAGCGGAGGGGGCAGGAGGCUGGCGGGCGCCGCCGGGCACACCGAGUCCAGCACGGCCAGUGCAGCUACACCUUCGUGCUGCCUGAGCCUGAGCCCUGCCCACGCGAGCCCGAGGCCUUCGGGGGCUCCAACAGCCUUCAGAGGGACUCCCCGGCAGCCGCACUGAACCUAGGGGACUGGCCGACUCAGCGGGUACGACAGCUGGAAAAAAUGCUAGAGAACAACACACAGUGGCUGCAGAAGCUAGAAAGGUACAUCCAGAUGAACCUGAGGUUGGAGCUGGCUCAGGCCCAGCAGCAUAUGGUCCAGAACCAGACAGCCACCAUGCUGGAGCUGGGCACCAGCCUCCUGAACCAGACCACCGCCCAGACCCGCAAGCUGACCGACGUGGAGGCUCAGGUUCUGAACCAGACAUCGAGAAUGGAGAUCCAGCUUCUGGAGACCUCACUGUCCACCAACAAGCUGGAGAAGCAGCUGCUGCUGCAGGGCCACGAGCUCCACCGGCUUCAGGGCCACAACAGCGCGCUGGAGACGCGGGUGCAGGCCCUGGAGACGCAGCAGCAGGCGGAGCUGGCCAGCCUCCGCGGCGAGAAGGAGCGGCUGCGGCGCCUGCUGGGCCGCCAGAGCGGCGCCCUCGCCGGCCUUGAGCGCAGCCUGCGCGCCGCCAGCAGCAACUCCAGCCUCCUGCAGCGCCAGCAGAGCCAGCUGCUGGAGUCGGUGCAGCGCCUGGUGCGCGUCGUGGCCCAGAGCCCGGCCUCCAUGAGGGCAGCUGAGCAGGUGUUCCAGGACUGUGCAGAGAUCCAGCGCUCCGGAGCCAAUGCCAGUGGCAUCUACACCAUCCAUGUGGCCAAUGUGACAGAGCCCAGAAAGGUGUUCUGUGACAUGGAGGCCAGUGGAGGUGGGUGGACCCUCAUCCAGCGCCGUGAGAAUGGCAGCAUGAAUUUCCAACGGAACUGGAAGGAUUACAAACAGGGCUUUGGCAACCCAGCCGGGGAGCACUGGUUAGGUAACGAGGUGGUGCACCAGCUCACCAGCAGGGCAGCAUACUCUCUGCGUGUGGAGCUGCAAGAUUGGGAAGGCAACGAGGCCUACGCCCAGUAUGAGCAUUUCCAGCUGGGCAGCGAGGGGCAGCUGUACAGGCUUUCUCUGAGUGGGUACAGCGGCUCGGCGGGGCGCCAGAGCAGCCUGGUCCUGCAGGGCACCAACUUCAGCACCCGCGACGCAGACAACGACAACUGCCUCUGCAAGUGCGCCCAGAUGCUGUCCGGAGGAUGGUGGUUUGACGCCUGCGGCCUCUCAAACCUCAAUGGCAUCUACUACCCGGCCCGCCACCACGUGCGCAAGCUCAACGGCAUCCGCUGGCACUACUUCCAAGGCCCCAGCUACUCACUGCGUUCUACUCGCAUGAUGGUGCGUCCCACAGACGUCUAA